UUCUUUUAUCCCCCAGGUGCUGAUACAACAUGGAAAACCUCAGCAGAGGGGUGAACAUUCAGCUCAGAAGGACAUCUUUUUAGGACCAGUCUGUUGAGAGAGUGGAAUGAUUCCCCCAACCAACUUUUUGGGUGUCUGGAUGAAGUUUUUAAUCAUACUUGUAGAUUGAAAAGUGAUGCCAUCAGCACAUGGACAAAAUAAUUUCAUCAUGGAAAAGCCGAAAUCAAUGAAUACCGUUGCUUCAACACAGUUGGGUGGAGAAUCAAGUACCUUCAUCUGCACUGAGUGUGGUGAUGGGUUCAGCCAGUACUCUAAUGUGUUGGCCCACAUGGCUAUUCAUGGACCUUUGGAGUCAUUUUCCUUUGAUGGCUCAUCCAAUGGAUUUGAAGUCCCUCGAGAAUAUGUGCUACAAGAAAAUGGUACGCUGACAGUUGUGAAUGGCUUGGUGCAGUCCCAUUCAUCUGUAAAACCAGUGUCUCCUGGAGUCCUGCCAUCACAUUUCCCAUCCUCUAUCAAACCAGUGUCUCCAACUCUAAGGCCACAGGGCUCUCCUUUUAGAGAUGUGUUCAGGCCAAGGCCAACAGACUUGAAUUUGGAGUCAGUCAAGUCUCGUCAGGGCCAUUACCGUUGUGAAAUAUGUAGCAGAUCAUUUAACAGCCUGCAGAGUUUACAUCGCCACCAACAGUAUCGAAACACAGAGCGAGGUUACAAGUGUACGUUGUGCUGUAAGAUCUUUGAAGGUAGACAGGAGCUUAAGAAACACCUCCAAGACCAUGCCAAUGAAAGCUUUCACUGCUGUGGUUAUUGUGGAAAGCGAUUCCUUAAAGUGGAUGCACUGAAUGCUCAUAAAAAAGAAAUGCACCUCUCCCCAAAAACAACAGCGUUGGGUAAAUCUGAGAAUAAGCAGGAAAAAAAGUUUGAGAAAACAUAUCCUUGUAGGAAGUGCAAGUUGAAUUUCUUUUGGAUGUCAGAUUUUCAGGCACAUUCACUGUACCAUUGCAAAGGAAAAGAGCUUGAUGCUACUUUUGCACACGAAAUUGAAAUUCAAGUGAACUCUAAGAACAUAGACACACCACUUGAAAACUGCUACAGCAAUGGCACAUCUGUUGAUGUUUUAAAUGGAGAAAGUAAAAUCUCUAGAGAUAUUAGUGGUGAGAUUGAUGCCGAAUACUCUUUCACACCAUACAGAUGUGGUUUAUGUGGUGAUCGUUUCCAAAAGUUAACAGCUCUGAAGGAGCAUCAUCUCACACAUCAAACUCAGGAGGAAAUAGAUCAGCUGAAUCAAGAAUCACAAAAAGCCUUUAAGCGAAGAAUACAACCUAAAGGCAGACGUAGAAGAGGGGGUAAUCCAAAUGGCAAGCUGCAUCCUUGCAAGCACUGUCACCGUGUCUUUAAUCAUUCUAGUAGUUUAUCUCGGCAUAUGAGAUACCAUAAGGGUACUAUGCAUACAUGCGUAUUUUGUGGUAGACAUUUUCCACAGCGCUGUGAUAUGAGAAGGCAUGUAGCCAUGUACCACAAAGCUGAAUUAGAAAAGAAACCAGGUUUGAAACACUUGUACACAACUCCACAAAAUGGCCCUGUCCCCAAUUCUCUCAAUGGUGAGAAAAAUGCAUUAUCUCCUGACGAGAAAACCAAGAGCUCAUCUGACAAUGAACAAACAGCAUCACCAGAGGAACAGCCAAAGGGGAAACAAUCUGGAAAAGCGGGCCGAGUUAACUACAAGUGUCAGGAAUGUGGAAAGAGAUUUGGGCUGUUAUGUGUGUACCAACGGCACCUGCGCUAUCACAAAAAGGAACCUAGUAACUGCCCCAGGUGUCCAGCUCAGUUCAAGAAUUCUUCAUCCCUUGAGCUCCACCUUCAAAAUCACCCAAGCACUGGAGAAGCAGGUGAUGUUGGACAAAUGUGUCACAGGACUGGUUCCAGUGGGGAUACUGCCCUAGUAAAGGGUAGUACAGAGGACAUUGAGGAUGACUAUAUGGACCAUACUAAAAAUGAUAAACGGAAUUCUACAGAGGUUCUUUACGAAUGCACUGAGUGCACUGAGACAUUCUCAUGCUUGGAGACGUUUCUUCAGCACCAAACUUCUCAUGGCUCAGAAAACAACGGGUAACUAUCAUGUCAGACCCAUUAGUUAUUGCUAUUGCCAACAAAAAAGCUCUCAGGAGUUGAGUGUUUUUGAUCCUUUUGAAUGCAAAUAUUUGAAUAACUGUAUAGAUUAUUGAUGUAAAAUUUGUAAUGGUUAUUUUGCAUAACUACUUUUAUACACUUUAUUUCUUUGGCAUGAUGAGAAACAAAUCUGUUUAUUGGUGAAUUCCCUAAACUAAUUGGAACCAAGGAUGGUGAGCAUACCAAAUGACUUUUGAAUUAAAUAAAAAAUAAAUGGAGAAUUACUUCAACAUACAUCUGACAUGCAUAAAAUGCAAGUUUAAACCUCAUAUUCUCCCAUAAGCUACGGUUUAGUUAACUUGCUGGCUAGCUAGCUUUGUAUUUUUUGUGGCUACCCAUGCUGUUAUUGUCAAUCAUAUUGCUGCAUUUUCAUGUUUUACUUCUGUGAUUCUGACAUUUUCUUCAAUAUGUGGUAUGUGUAUAUCUUCCCUUUGAAAGGAUAGCAUUGUCACUGAAUAGCUUUUUAAUUGUCAUUAAAAUUGUACAGAGAAGUGA